AUGAAUUUGACACCAAGGGGAAGAACACAAGGGCAUGUGUUGAACUAUGACAGAGAUGCAGAUUCAUUUGUGGAGGAAGAUAAGGAGCUUCAGUCAAAGUGGGCUGCAAUUGAGAAAUUGCCAACUUUCAAAAGGAUUAAAACUUCUUUUGUUGAUGUUAGUCAGGAGAGUGUGGUUCUAGGAGCAAGAAGCAGCAGCAGAAGAGAAGUAGAUGUUACAAAGCUUGGAGCGGUCGAAAAGCGUCUUUUCAUUGACAGAAUUGACAAAUGGUUGUUUUUCAGAGUCAAUGUGAAGUUACCAAGUGUGGAGGUUAAGUACACGAACCUAAGUGUUGAAGCAGAAUGUGAGGUUGUUCAAGGGAAGCCACUCCCUACUUUAUGGAACUCCUUGUCUAGCCAACUCUCAGGUUUUGUGAAGACUAUAUCAUGCACUACUCAAGGAGCCAAUAUAAGCAUUCUGAAUGAUGUUAGUGGCAUCAUAAAGCCAUCAAGGCUCACUCUUCUUCUUGGUCCACCAGGGUGUGGGAAAACGACCUUGUUAAUGGCACUGGCUGGGAAACUAGAGCAAUCUCUCAAGGUUUCUGGAGAAAUAUCUUACAAUGGUCAGAAUCUAGAUGAAUUUGUACCUCGAAAAACAUCAGCUUACAUAAGCCAGUAUGACCUGCACAUUCCUGAGAUGACAGUGAGAGAAACAAUCGACUUUUCAGCACGCUGUCAAGGAGUUGGAAGCAGGGCUGACAUGGUAGCUGAAAUCACCAGGAGGGAAAAGGAAGAAGGAAUCAUCCCUGAUCCUGAUAUCGAUACCUAUAUGAAGGCAAUUUCAGUUGAAGGACAAAGUGAAAAUCUUCAGACAGAAUAUGUUUUGAAGAUUCUGGGACUGGAUAUCUGUGCGGACGUACUAGUUGGUGAUGCAUUAGAGAGAGGAAUUUCAGGUGGACAGAAGAAAAGGCUAACUACAGGAGAGAUGAUUGUUGGUCCAAUCAAAACUCUUUUCAUGGAUGAAAUAUCAACUGGCUUGGACAGCUCAACAACUUUCCAAAUAGUUACUUGUCUCCAGCAGUUGGUGCACCUCACUGAUGCAACUGCAGUGCUUUCACUCCUUCAACCAGCACCUGAAACCUUUGAAUUAUUCGAUGAUCUCAUAUUGAUGGCAGAGGGGAAGAUAGUAUACCACGGCCCACGCAGUCAAGCACUCCAGUUUUUCAAGGAUUGUGGUUUCUGGUGCCCAGAAAGAAAAGGGGUUGCAGACUUUCUUCAAGAGGUAAUAUCCAAGAAGGAUCAAAGGCAAUAUUGGUACCGCACGGAUAUUCCUUACAGUUAUGUCUCAGUGGAUCAGUUCUCCGAAAUCUUCAAAAGCAGUUACUGGGGACGGAUGCUAGGUGAUGAGCUUGCACAUCCAUUUGAUAAAUCUCAAUCUCAUAAAAAUUCUUUAUCACAUAGCGUGUACUCCUUGGGAAAGUGGGAAAUCUUUAAAGCUUGUAUGAGGAGAGAACUUCUUCUCAUGAACCGGAACUCAUUUAUCUAUGUAUUCAAAACUGCCCAGCUUACAAUCACCGCAAUCAUCACAAUGACGGUGUUCUUACGGACUCAACAUGGCGUGGACUUGAUAAGUUCAAACUAUUUAUUGGGAUCAUUGUACUAUACACUCGUCCGCCUCAUGACUAAUGGAGUUGCUGAGCUGAUCAUGACCAUUACUAGGCUUCCUGUUGUUUAUAAGCAGACAGCAUUCUAUCUUUAUCCGGCAUGGGCUUAUUGUCUUCCAGCUUCCCUUAUAAAGAUUCCAUUUUCGUUUCUUGAUGCCAUUGUUUGGACAUCAGUGACAUAUUAUGUUAUUGGCUACAGCCCUGAAAUAACAAGGUUUCUCCGCCAGUUUAUUUUGCUUGUUGCUCUUCAUAUGUCAUCAACCUCCAUGUGCCGUUUCCUUGCUGGAGUUUUCAAAACUGAUGUUGCAGCCACAACUGUUGGCUCCUUGGUUUUAGUACUGAUGUUCUUGUUUGGAGGCUUUAUUCUUCCUCGACCAUCAUUACCAUGGUGGUUGAGAUGGGGAUUUUGGCUUUCUCCCAUGACAUAUGGGGAAAUAGGAAUAACACUAAAUGAAUUUCUCGCUCCUCGCUGGCAGAUCAAAGAUGGAAACACCACCGUGGGAAGGAGGGUUCUAAGUGAUCGUGGUUUAGACUUUGAGAGCAACUUCUACUGGAUAUCAAUUGGAGCCUUGCUUGGUUUCGCAGUAGUUUUUGAUUUUGGAUUUAUCCUAGCAUUAACUUACUUAAAACAGCCUAAGGCAUCUCGAGCCUUAGUUUCAAAAAAGAAGGUAUCUCAACUAAAUGGAGAAGAAAAUUGCAAUAGCGUGGAGCUCAAAAAUAAAUCAGUUGCAGUUGAUAUUGGCAGCACAUCAAAUGAAACUCAAAGCACAGGGAAAAUGGUCCUGCCCUUUCAGCCUCUGACAAUAGCAUUUAAGGAUGUCCAGUAUUUUGUUGAAACCCCACCGGAGAUGAAAAAGCAUGGGUCAAAUGAGAAAAGACUACAAUUGCUCUGUGAUAUCACCGGGGCCUUUAGGCCAGGAGUUCUCACUGCACUAAUGGGAGUAAGUGGAGCAGGGAAGACAACUCUCAUGGAUGUCCUUUCAGGAAGGAAAACUGGAGGUAUCAUUGAAGGAGAUAUCAGAAUUGGAGGAUACCCCAAAGUGCAGAAGACAUUUGCGCGAGUUUCAGGUUAUUGUGAGCAGAAUGACAUACAUUCUCCAUAUAUAACAGUUGAAGAAUCUGUCACAUACUCGGCUUGGUUGCGGUUGCCGAUGGAGAUUGAUACAGCAACAAAAGGGAAAUUUGUUGAAGAAGUGCUUGAAACAAUUGAACUUGAUGACAUAAAAGACAGUUUAGUUUCAACUGAACAACGCAAAAGAUUAACCAUUGCAGUGGAGCUUGUUUCCAAUCCAUCAAUAAUCUUUAUGGAUGAACCAACCUCAGGCUUGGAUGCCCGAGCAGCCGCAGUGGUUAUGCGUGCAGUGAAGAAUGUUGUUGGCACUGGCAGGACAACGGUUUGCACCAUUCACCAACCAAGCAUUGACAUAUUUGAGACUUUUGAUGAGUUGAUUCUAAUGAAAGCUGGAGGACGGAUUAUUUAUAGCGGAAUGCUGGGCCAUCAUUCAAAUAAACUGAUUGAAUAUUUUCAGAAUAUACCUGGGGUGCCAAAGAUAAAAGACAACUAUAAUCCUGCAACCUGGAUGUUGGAAGCUACCUCUGCAUCUAUCGAACAAGAACUUAAAAUUGACUUUGCAACAAUCUACAAAGAAUCACACCUUUACAGGGAAACUAUUCAAAUGGUGGAGGAGUUAAGUAAACCAGUGCCAGGUUCAAGCGACUUGCACUUUUCAACUCCUUUCCCACAGAAUACCUUGGGGCAGUUCAUGGCAUGCCUUUGGAAGCAACACUUGUCAUAUUGGAGAAGUCCUGAGUACAACUUAACACGUUUUAUUUUCAUGGUUGUUGCAGCAGUAAUAUUUGGGGCAGUAUUUUGGCAGAAAGGGAAAGAAAUAAACAAUCAGCAAGACUUGUUCAAUAUAUUUGGAUCAAUGUAUAUUGCUGUAAUAUUCUUGGGCGUAAAUUACUGUUCAACAAUUCUGCCAUAUGUGGCAACCGAGCGCUCAGUCUUGUACCGAGAAAAAUUUGCUGGAAUGUAUUCUUCCAUAGCUUAUUCAUUUGCACAGGUGGCCAUUGAAAUACCUUAUAUCUUAGUGCAAGCAAUUUUAUAUGUGGGAAUCACAUAUCCAAUGAUAGGUUUUGAGUGGUCAGUUGCAAAAGUCUUUUGGUACUUCUACACCACAUUUUGCACAUUUUUGUACUUUGUAUAUCUUGGAAUGCUGAUAAUGUCGUUGAGCACAAAUCUGGAUAUAGCUUCUGUAUUGUCAACUGCAGUCUACACCAUAUUCAAUCUCUUCUCUGGAUUCCUCAUGCCAGGACCUAAAAUUCCUAAAUGGUGGGUUUGGUGCUACUGGAUUUGCCCAACAGCAUGGUCCCUGAAUGGACUCCUAACAUCACAAUAUGGGGACAUGGACAAGGAGAUAACCAUAUUUGGGAAGAAAGAACAAGUUGGUGCAUUCCUAAAAGAUUACUAUGGGUUCAGGCAUGACAGAUUAAGCCUUGCGGCAGUAGUGCUCAUUGCUUUCCCAAUUGUUUAUGCCUCUCUCUUUGCCUAUUGCAUAGGCAAAAUGAAUUUCCAAAAGAGAUAGACACAUAUGACAUAACAACACACAGAGCUUGCUUCUUGUGCAGUAUGGUGUGGCUACAGAUUUUCUUGUAUAGGAGUAUAGAAAUGCAUGAUUACCUCAAUGGGCAAUACCUCUCAUAUAUGUUGUUUAUUUUGUUCUUUCAAAUUUUUUGUACAAGGAUAAGAUAGUUAAAUAUAUAGUGAUAAAGAUGAUCCAAGAUGUACAAGUUGAAAAUAGGGCUUAUUCCCUAAGAAAGGGUGCAUUUGCAAAGAAAAUGAAACCUCUGAUUUUUGUCCAUAUGAUAUUAUAAGCUUUUAUUUCA